AUGCCUCCUCAUCAUGUUCACCGGCAGAACGGCCCAGAACCAGAGACAGAUGACUUGUUCGACAACGACGUGUCUGGCCUCCGUUCGCAAUCUGAAUUCUUCCUCGGUGGGGUAAUACCCGUAGGCGCACAGCCCGACAACUGCUGUAUUUGCACAGAUUCCCUCGCUACCGACGUCGUUCAGAUAACCGCAUGUCGGCAUUGCCAUCAUCUAACUUGCAUCCUGACUUGGUGGAAGUCGAGCGCUGCCCGUCGCGGCUCAUGUCCGCUUUGCCGAGAAGAGCUGUUCGAGCCUGAUCCGCCGGCGGCACAUGUGCCUUCACUGCAUGGUAUUCCGUUCCAACCUCGUGAUCGGUACACGAGUUUGGGAGCUGUGCGGGCCUACACGAAUACGCAGGAUGGUCAGGCCCGGCUGCGUGGGUUUAUGGAUGCUGUUGAGGAACACGCCUUAUAUGCGACUUUGGGCGAGAAUGUCCCUGCGACGACCGGUGGGCCUAGCUAUCCACUGAUUGGAUUCGGUGGGAAUGAUCAGGAUCGAGAAGGUAGGAGGACGCUUCUCGAGGGCCAUCCACUGUAUCAGGUAUACAUGAACGGACAGCGAGCGCGCACAGCUCGGAGGACAGCGCAAGCCCGUAGGGACCUGCAGCGAGAGCCAGAAGGGUACCACAGCCCUGGUCAUUCGGAUUCGGAUGAAGAUGAUACGACAAGCCCGGUUGCGAGCUACUAUUGGAGCGAUAGUUCCAGUGAGACGCCAGAAUCUCCUUCGCGGGACACCUCUGAGCUCGUAGGAUUGGAUGAGGCGGCGCUGAUAGAUGCAAAUCAGGGCACAGAGUCGAGCUCAGCUUCGACAAACACAUCGACACCUCAAGUAUCACCUCGUGCUAACGAGAAUAGUAACACCGACACAUCGUCUCUGUCCAGAGUAGAGGAUCAGCAACCGAGCUUUCCGGGAGCAGAAGAAGCAGAGGAAGAGUACUUAAUCGACUACAGUGACGAUCCCUUGCAAGAAGAGCUCGAAAGAGCCGAAGCUGGGCGCCGUACCAACGAACCUUCGGCGUAUGAUGCAUGGGACGACCCGAACGCUCGUACAGCAGUGCGCUACGGCUUGAUAUAUCGCCGUGACCACAAUGAGAAUUGGUGCAUCCGCGAGCCGACUGAUGAAGAGGAGGCUGAUGAAGAUGCUGCGCGACAACGAUCAAACGGCAAUAAUUGGGAGAUGGAUGACGAGCUGCUUUCUGAGCCUGAAGAACUUGCUGGUCAUGCGUCGGAUUUCGCUCAAAAUCGGAUCCCGAAGUAUGGUCGGGGUUAUGGCUAUUUGCAUAUCCCCGAGCCGCGUUCCUGA